AAAGUGAUGAGGAGGUUUUUGCUGCUCUAUGCUACGCAGCAGGGACAGGCAAAGGCCAUAGCAGAGGAGAUCUGUGAAAAAGCAUUUGUGCAUGGAUUUUCUGCAGAUCUUCACUGUAUCAGUGAGUCAGAUAAGUACGAUCUGAAAACUGAAACGGCGCCUCUCGUCGUCGUCGUUUCUACGACGGGCACAGGAGACCCACCCGACACCGCUCGCAAGUUCGUCAAGAAAAUCCAGGACAAGGCGCUGCCAGUGGAUUUCUUUGCUCACCUGCGGUAUGGAUUGCUGGGGCUGGGCGAUUCAGAAUACACAUACUUCUGUAAUGGCGGGAAAAUCAUCGAUAAGCGACUUCAGGAACUCGGUGCCCAGCAUUUCUACGCCACUGGACACGCAGAUGACUGCGUGGGUUUAGAACUUGUGGUUGAGCCCUGGAUUGACGGACUCUGGGCUGCCCUCACGAAGCAUUUUACGUCCACUAGAGGAAAAGAGGAGAUAAACGGAGCUCUCCAGAUAGCAUCGACUGCCUCCCAGAGGAUGGAUCCUGUGAAACCAGAAUUAUUGCACAUUGAAUCACGAGUUGAACUUCUGAGAUUAGCCGACUCAGGCAGAAGGGAUUCUGAGGUUCAGGAACAGAAUGCAGUGAACAGAGAUCAAUCGAGUGCUCUGAUAGCAGAGUCUGAGCCCUCACUCACCCACUCGGUUCCCCCACUGUCACAGGCCUCUCUGAACAUCCCUGCCCUUCCACCAGAAUAUUUGCAGGUGCAUCUGCACGAGUUUCUCAGCCAGGAGGAAAGCCGAGCAUCUGUGACUCCCGUGGAUCCAGUUUUUCAAGUUCCAAUUUCAAAGGCAGUUCAGCUGACUACGAACGAUGCCAUCAAAACCACUCUCCUGGUGGAAUUGGACAUUUCAAAAACAGAUUUUUCCUAUCAGCCUGGAGAUGCCUUCAACGUGAUCUGUCCCAACAGUGAUUCUGAGGUUCAACACCUACUCCAAAGACUGCGGCUCACAGACAGAAGAGAGCACUGUGUCGUCUUGAAAAUUAAGGGUGACACAAAGAAGAAAGGAGCAGCCUUACCCCAGCACAUCCCUGAGGGACGCUCUCUCCAGUUCAUUCUCACCUGGUGCCUUGAAAUAAGAGCAGUUCCUAAGAAGGCGAUGCUGAGAGCCCUGGCGGAACACGCGGCCGGCCCAGACAGGCGCAGGCUGCAUGAGCUGUGCAGCAGGCAGGGCGCCGCCGACUACAGCCGCUUCGUGCGGGACGCCCACACCGGGCUGCUGGACCUCCUGCUGGCUUUCCCAUCCUGCCAGCCUCCGCUGGCGCUCCUGCUCGAGCAUCUUCCUAAGCUCCAGCCCAGACCAUAUUCGUGUGCGAGCUCAAAUCUGUCUCACCCGGGGAAGCUUCAUUUCGUUUUCAACGUCGUGGAGUUUUUGUCUCCCACCACGAUGGAGGUCCUGCGGAGGGGCGUGUGCACAGGCUGGCUGGCCAUGGUGGUCGCGUCCAUCCUUCGUCCAGACACGCAGGUGUCCCCUGCAGAAGGCGGGCCAGCCCCUGCUCCUGAGAUCUCCAUCUCUCCUCGAACGACCAGUUUUUUCCACUUACCGAGUGACCCCGCCGCCCCCGUCAUAAUGGUGGGUCCGGGAACUGGCAUAGCGCCCUUCAUUGGUUUCCUGCAACACAGAGAGAAACUCCAAGAACAACAUCCAGAGGGACACUUCGGAGCAAUGUGGUUGUUUUUUGGCUGCCGACAUAAGGAAAGGGAUUAUUUAUUCAGAGAAGAGCUCCGACACUUCUAUAAGCGUGGGAUCCUAACUCACUUGAAGGUUUCCUUCUCGAGAGAUGCUCCUGUCGGGGAGGAGGAAGCCCCAGUGAAGUAUGUGCAAGACAACAUGUGGCUUCACAGCAAGCAGGUGGCCAGGGUCCUUCUUCAGGAGAGCGGCUACAUUUACGUGUGUGGAGAUGCAAAGAAUAUGGCCAAAGAUGUCAAUGAUACCCUUGUGGAGAUAAUAAGCAAAGAGACUGGAGUUGAGAAACUGGAGGCAAUGAAAACAUUGGCUACUUUAAAAGAAGAAAAACGGUACCUUCAGGAUAUUUGGUCAUAA